CGACAUUCUCCACAGUCGAUAUUGAUGUCCAGAAUUUGAGCUCCCUGCCACGUUGUUUCCUUACUGCCUUUACUUGUCAAGUCUCUGUAAAGUAACAUGGGAAGGCAGCAGCGUAAUGCGAUGGCCAAACCCACUGUGCUGUCACCGAAGACAUGUCAGACAUGCUUCAACGCCAAAAUUCGGUGUACCAAGACGCAAGAUUCGGGAUCUUGCGAUCGUUGCAUGCGUCUUAGCAAGACGUGUGUCUUCGCCCCAGCUCGACGGCGCAAUGCUGCCCCCCCAAAGAGCCGAAUUGAUCAGUUGGAGGCCAAACUCGACCGUAUCAUGGGCAGUAAAGCACCGAGUCCGGCCGACGAAGGGUCGACGAGCGCAGGUGGUUCUGCAGGAGACAUGAUCGCAAGCCCCUGUGACGUCAGAGAUACCGGAACCACAGGCCUGCCUCUCCAGUUGGCGGUUUCAGCCGACUCUUGCGAUCCCCUGGCGUGCGGCUUGCUAGAUCUGGACAAAUCAGUACGCUUGCUCAAGCUCUUUCGCUCCAGGAUGACUUCACACUUUCCCUUCGUGGUGCUACCCGACACUGUGACAUUUCAAGACCUGCGUCGGGAACGGCCCUGUCUCUGUCUAGCGGUUCUGGCUGUCACUGCUUUCGAAGACUUCGUCCUACAGCGGAAACUCAGUGGCCUCUUCAACCAACUACUUGCCGCCAAGAUGGCAAGCGGGAAGAUACUCUCGAUUGAUGUUCUCCAAGGACUACUGGUCCACCUGGCUUGGGCACAUUAUCAACCCCGGCCACGCAAGUACAGCCAGCACUUGCAUCUUGCAGCGAGUAUUGUGGCCGAUUUGAGACUAGACCGACCCCGAAGACCGCAGCUGUGGAAAGUUGAUUUCGAAAACGACAGACGUGGUGCUGAGUGGGGAUCAGAUGAACUGAGAGCACUCAUUGGAACUUACUACCUUGCCUCAAGCUCCUCUAUUGUGUUGCAAAAGAUGCGCCACUUCCCAUACACACAUUUCAUCCUCGAGAGCUGCGAGAAGCUAGUGCUGCAAGGCGAAUUCCCCAGCGACAAGUACCUCAAACAUAUAGUGCAGAUUCAACGUCUUUCUGAAGAAGUCGACGAUUUCGUUACGCACGCAACUGCCAAGUCUUCUGUGGAUGAAAUCACGGCAAAGAUGACGACGAUUCGACAUCAGGUAGACUCGCUCAAAUCGAAUCUAACCUUUGCCCUUAGCGAGUGUCCGACUUUACUACUGCAACUGAGCAUGCUCGAGCUCUUUAUCAGCCAACAAUCUCUCCCAGGGUUUCCAUUAGCUUUGAGUACCAUUCAACAAACGCUGGGCAGCAGCCCACAAACCGUCGAUUCAUUUUCGGAAAGCGUAUCAGCAUCGAAGUCCCUGAUAAACAUUCUACUGGCUAUGGCGCCAGGACAAGAGAAUAUCCUCUCAAACCUUGCGUGGAUCAUGCUCAGUUGCAGCUUAUCGUUCUCGGCGAGGUUUGAUGUCUUGGCAGCAGAUCCUCGCAUAUCACACCUAACUCAACAUGUACGAAGAUGUCUUGACAUCCGCCACACUCUUCGCCAAGUCAUUCUUAGACUACAGUCGCUUGUCUCGCCAGAUGAGGAUAGUAAUGGCGAUCGUGACACGUUUUACCACUUUCUUCGGCGUGCUCAAGCCAUUGAAGCGUGGUAUAUCCGCCAGACAGGACAUUCGUCUCCAUUGACGCCAACCAACAUCGACGCCACGCCUAUUCACAGACACGACACGACACAGGAGAUGGGGGAUUUUACUUCGGUGGCAGAACUCACCGCGUUUGCCCCGAUUGGCGAGUCAUCGGAAAGCGGGUCGGGCACAUUCAGCGACCUGGCCAUGAUAGAUUUCUUCACAGAAGACAUGCAGGGGAAGGAUUUUGGACUGGCUCUUGCUUCUACUCAUCCCUACAGAGACUUCUUCACACAUCAUCUUAACCAUGCUUUCUCUCACGUCUCGGGUCUUCCCCCUUUUAACCCCACAGAUCAGCUAUCCUACCAGCCAUGUCCUCUUUUACGAGCCUACUACCCUCCACCAACGCUUGACAAAUCCUCGGACGCGAUCAAAUCCUUCUCCGACGACCUCACAUCGGUAUUUGACGAGAUUGUCCGCACGGGUAAAAGCGACGAUUUCGGCACCAUCACGCCUAAUACCACCUCGUUCUCCGUCGUACUGUUUUCGGGAGCAGAUGAUGGGACUGGUGACCCCAUCUUUUAUAGCUAUUAUCACACUGCUCCCGUCUCGGGGGCGGAGAUAAACGUCACAUCCGACACGGUUUUUCCCUUGGGCACAUUGACGCAGCUAUUCACAGUCUACACGUGGCUCGUGGAGUUGGGUGACGAGAAUUGGGAGGACCCGAUUACAAAAUUCCUUCCAGAGCUCGAAACUGUUUCCGCAUCGACGGAUGGGUUUGGUGUUGACUGGAGCGAUGUCACAAUUGGAGCUCUGUCCGGGCACAUGGCCGGUAUCGCCCGUGAUUCCCAUGCCUGUGAACUAGGAAAGCCAUGUGAUAGACAGAACUUCAUCAAGUCCUUUGCUGAGGUUCCGCCCAUCUUCCUACCCGACACAACCCCGAUCUUCUCCAACGCUGCUUUCCAGCUCCUCGCCUUUGCUCUUACGAAUGCCACUGUACGGGACGGCAACAAGAAUAGCUUCAGUGAUAUGGUGCUCAAGUCGGUCUUGCAGCCCCUCAACAUGACUCAAAGCAGCUUUCUCAGCAAAACAAGCUGCGCCCGGGUCUUCGGCGAGGGACUCAACACCUCCGCGCCAGGAGAACAAGCCGCCCUCUCCAUGCUCUCCACAACCCGCGACCUCGCCCGCGCCGGCCACGCAAUGCUCUCCUCCCGCCUCCUACCCCCCGUCACGACGCGCCGCUGGCUCCACCCCGCCGCCGACACAUCCAACCUGCGCAACGGCGUCGGGCGUCCCUGGGAGGUCUAUCGCGCCGGAUCGUCCGCCGUAGACCCCAUCCUCGACGUCUUCCUCAAGGGAGGGGAGGUUGCGCGGUAUAGCAGCUACUUUGGGCUGGCGCCGGAUGUUGGCGCGGGGUUCGCGAUCCUUGGGCAUGAUGCUGGUGGCGGUGGCGGCGCGGCGGAUUUGAAUGUCUAUGCCGAUGUGGUGGCCGGCGCGCUGGCGAAGAUGCAGGGAUUGGCUGCUGCGGAGGUGGCGGAAGGGUAUGCCGGCGUGUAUGGUGGUGGUGGUGUCGAGGAUGUUGCUGUGUUCAAUGUCUCGGAUAUUGGGCCGGGGCUUGUAGUUGAGCAGUUGGUGGUGGGUGGGAGUGAUGUUAGGGCUGAGAUUGCUGCGGCGGCGGGGGUGAUGCUGGAGGACCUGGACUUCAGGGUAUAUCCUACUAAUGUUGUCAAGGGGGGUUUGUAUCAGUUCGUGGCCGUAUUCCAGGACAUGAGCGCGCCGGUGGAUAUGGGCACUCCGACUUGCGUUACAUGGAUGACGGUGGAUGCCUUGGGGCCAACCCUGGGGGAUCGCUUCGUGUUUGAGCUUGACGGCAAGGGGAUGGCGACGAGAGUCUUGAUUCCUGCCACUGGCGUUUCUUUCACUAGAGCAAAAUAGGGGUAGGAACUGACCACAUGUGGGUGUUAGGGUCAUAGAGGAACCAACAAUAGAAAGAGACAGAAUAUUCAAAUGGCAAUAUGGUACUGUAUAGAAAAGGUUGAACUGUGGCCUUUGCCAUUCACAACUACGCCGAUGGGAAAGAC